AGCCUGGUUUAGUCGCUCUUCUAUACGGUCCACCCUACAUUGCUGGCCGGCGUCACACAGACUUGGUCUAUACUGUUGUAACCAGAACUCUGUCCAGGCAGUCGAGACUGACAUAACAGACGGCAAUGAUGUGGAAGUUUCUGUUCCUCCUCGCGGCAGUAGGCACCCUGCCCUCCGCUUCAGUCGGCCAACAGGUGUACCUGGCCACGAUUGACACCUGGUCCUUUUGGAAGAUUCGUGCGACAGGACAGAUGACCAAUGCUAACGUGAAAGCCACGUGUGAAGCGGCGGGGAUGAGGUACCCAGGCUACCGGACAGGUGCGGAUGGGUGUACCUACCUGUGGGCAUCAGACUGCAUCACGUUUCACCAUGCCGAAUGUACAACGCUCGGGGCUCUCUCGAGUGAGCUGUGUGGACACACGGACGGGGCUGGCAGUCAGUGUCAGCCGCUUGAUGACACCUUUGUGUACAUCCCUGGCUGGAGCUUGUACGGUGCGUACGGAGUGGAUUACGACACUCAGACCACAGGCCUGCAAGGAGGAAACUACAACGACAUGUACGCGCUGUGUGCAGCCCCUGCGUGUGUCUGUGUCCACGGAACGUGUACAGACGGUUCGACGUGUACCUGUGAGGACGGCUGGACCGGACACAACUGUGAUCAAGACAUAGACGAGUGUGCGAGCAACCCUUGUUGGCUGGGAGGGACCUGCCUCGAUCACGUGAACGGCUACAGCUGUGCCUGUCCUGAAGAUGUCACCGGGAAGAACUGUGAAACGGUGAUCUUUGCCGGAGAAUGUUACCAGUUCUCCCCCACCGCUGCUGCCCACCUUGACGCGGCCCGAGCCUGCCGAGCUCAGGACGGUCACCUGGUGGAUAUAACAGACCAGCAGCAGCAAAGUUUCCUCGCUGACAAGGUCGCGGCUACCUCCGGCGUGUCGAACUGGCUGGCCUUCAAAACAGCACCGGCGGUGUUUCUCUACAGUCACGGGGCUCCUUUAUCAGUCCCCCUGCAGUGGUCUGCCAGUGAACCCGCCGCUCCCUGUGAUGACCUGUGUGUUCUCCUGGACAGCUCGGACAGCUUCCUGGCCAAGACAGCACCGUGCACGGAGCAGCACAACUACGUCUGCCAGGAUGACCUGAAACCCUGCGGGCAGAACAUCUGCCAGAACGGCGGCGUCUGCACGUCCUGCUUCAACGACUCUGCCGCCUUCUGCGACUGUCCUGCCGGGUUGGACGGGAAGACUUGUGAGAUAGACAUCGACGAGUGUGCCUCCGGCCCGUGCCAAAAUGGCGGGAGUUGCCAUGACAACAUCAACUCCUACACCUGUCAAUGCCCGAUCGGUUACCAAGGAGACCACUGCGAAUCAGAAACGGAUUGGUGUUCCCAAGUCCAGUGUCCUCUUGGAUUCGUCUGCCAGGACUUUACCUUCUACUUCGUCUGCGUUCCACUGUGUGCAUCUACCACCACCCGGGGGCUGCCUUACCAGUGCAGCAGCGCCUCCUGUCCGGAUGGCUUGAACUGCACCCCUGAAGGCGUGGCGGCCUUUUCAUGCAGGCCUGAGUGACGUCACAACCAGGGCCUCCGGCUUGACGACGACCAGCCAAUGGCUGCUUUAUGCACGCCUUGAAAUUUAGCGUUUUUGCCUGAUUUAGAGUCUAACCAGAGAUAGAAGCACCGCAUGGAAAUAGAAUACGUUACAUCAAUAAACCACCUG